GAAUGUCGAGAUCGCGCUCUACAGCAACCUCUUAUCAACAAAACCAAAUCUCUCUUCUCUAAACUGAGAGACGUAAUUUUCUGUCUCUCUUGUUACUUGGACAAGAGAAGAAAGACUGCCGUCUUUUUCAUCUUUUUUGAAAGAAAAAUAAAAAAUAGGAAGCUCGACCCGCCAUGUCCGCCAUAGCUACUUCUGCUGCUCUUUCCUUUCCUUUCUCUUUUUCCCGCUCUACUAAGACUUUUACAAGAAAGUGCUUCAAAGGGGGAUUUGGAGUGUUUGCAGUGUAUGAGGAGUCAGGUGGGUUAACAGACAAGAAAAGCUCUUGGUUGACAAUCUUUGAUGUGGAAGAUCCAAGGUCAAAAUUUCCUCAAUCUAAAGGGAAGUUCCUGGAUGCAAAUCAAGCUUUAGAAGUUGCUAGAUUUGAUAUACAAUAUUGUGAUUGGCGAGCUCGUCAAGACGUACUUACAAUAAUGCAGCUGCAUGAAAAGGUUGUGGAAGUAUUGAAUCCUCUAGCACGGGAGUAUAAAUCUAUUGGAACUAUGAAGAAGGAACUUGCUGAGUUACAACAGGAACUUUCUCAGGCUCAUAAAGAGGUACAUAUAUCUGAGGUGCGGGUUUCUGCUGCUUUAGAUAAGCUAGCUUACAUGGAAGCAUUGGUUAAUGAUAGGCUGCUACCAGAGAGGAGUACAGAAGAAUCAGAUCGCCGGUCUUCAUCCUCCGGUACGUCUACAGUAUCUAGAGAUACGGCUAAAAGCAAGCAGCCUAGGAGGACCCUCAAUGUGUCAGGUCCUGUCCAAGAAUACAGCCCCCAUUUGAAGAACUUCUGGUAUCCUGUUGCUUUCUCCACUGAUAUUAAGGACGACACCAUGAUACCAAUUGAUUGCUUUGAGGAACCAUGGGUGAUUUUUCGUGGGAAAGAUGGAAAACCUGGAUGUGUCCAGAACACAUGUGCACAUAGAGCCUGCCCCCUUCAUUUGGGAUCAGUUAAAGAGGGUCGCAUCCAAUGUCCUUAUCAUGGGUGGGAAUAUUCAACAGAAGGAAAAUGCGAGAAAAUGCCAUCAACAAAAUUUCUGAAUGUCAAGAUCAAAGCUUUGCCAUGCUUUGAGCAAGAGGGAAUGAUAUGGAUUUGGCCUGGAAAUGAUCCUCCUGCAGCCAAUAUUCCUUCUUUACUGCCACCUUCUGGAUUUCAAAUCCAUGCAGAGAUAGUGAUGGAACUUCCAGUGGAACAUGGGUUACUUUUAGACAAUCUGUUGGAUCUUGCACAUGCUCCUUUCACCCAUACAUCUACAUUUGCUAAAGGAUGGAGCGUCCCAAGCUUUGUAAAAUUCUUGACUCCUGCAUCUGGUCUGCAAGGAUAUUGGGAUCCCUAUCCGAUAGAUAUGGAAUUUCGACCACCUUGUAUGGUUCUAUCAACCAUUGGAAUCUCAAAGCCAGGCAAAUUGGAGGGGCAGAGCACCAAAGAGUGCUCUACGCACCUUCACCAACUUCAUGUAUGUUUACCUGCAUCUCGACAGAAGACAAGGUUGCUAUAUAGGAUGUCACUGGAUUUUGCUCCCGUAUUAAAACACAUCCCUUUCAUGCAAUACGUGUGGAGGCAUUUUGCUGAACAGGUUUUAAAUGAGGACCUACGGCUUGUGCUUGGUCAGCAAGAACGGAUGCUCAACGGUGCUAACAUUUGGAACCUACCUGUGUCAUACGAUAAGCUAGGAGUGAGGUACAGGAUAUGGAGAGAUGCUGUAGAGAGUGGAGCAAAACAAUUACCAUUCAGCAAAUGAACUAAUCCAAGUACAGAUUUUACUUCUCAAGAUGAUCGUACACUCUAAACAAUUUUAGCUCUUUGAAGAACUUCAGUUGCUGAGAAUCUCGCUUGGUAUAUGACACGGUUGCCACACUUGUUGCUCUGAGGAGAUACCGCCCCAUCCUGAUAUUGGUAUGUCACCAAAAGGAGUGAUUUCAGCGUAGCUCCCCUUGUAAAAUAAACUGUGCACUAAUUGUUUUUAGGUUCAUGUAUAGUUUAAACAACCUUGACCCCGCCAUUAAUUCUUUAAUGUUUGCCCUAGCGUGCCUCCUAGAAAAUCUGGAGGUAUUUUUUCGUAGUCAUGGAAAUGGUCCUCCAUCAUGUAUCAUAUUAUCAAUCUUCUGGGAUUUGAAUUGAUAACACAAUUUUUUUGCCAAAAUGAAGAGAAAGAUCUGAUUUUCUA